AUGGAACAACUGUAUGCGGACAUUGCAUGCACUGUCUACCAGCUGAGCACCGACAGGCAGCAGCAGCAGGACAAGGAACAUACGAGGCAGCAUAGAAAGCCAAGAGAACGAGGCAGCAGAGAGGGCGAAGAGGGUGGACAAGCUGGGGAAGUGGCUGCGGCAGAUCAUAGCCCCCAUUCCGUGCCUAUUCAACCCAUCGUUUCCCCCCGAGCAGGGCAAGGCAGCGGCACCGACGAGGCAGCAGAGAAGGCGAAGAGGGUGCGCAAUCUGGGGAAGCGGCUGCGGCAGAUUGAGGAGCUCAAGGCGCGGGUGGCAGCAGCUGGGGGCAGCACGGCGGGGCUGGAUGCAGCGCAGCUUGAGAAGCUGGGGCAAGAGGCAGCAGUGAGAGCUGAACUGGGGAGCUUGUAG